ACCCAGGUGCGUACGCGACGGAGCGGGGUGUGAAGAUGGCGGACGAAGAGGCCGAGCAGGAGAGGUUGAGUCGCGGCGGAGGCGGCUGCGUCGCGGAGCUGCAGCGCUUGGGCGAGCGGCUCCAGGAGCUGGAGCGACAGCUGCGGGAGAGCCGGGGGCCGGCCGUGGACGCGGCCACGGAGUACUGUCAGCAGCUGUGCCAGACACUCCUUGAAUAUGCAGAGAAAUGGAAAACAUCAGAAGAUCCCUUACCUUUAUUGGAGGUAUACACAGUGGCUAUCCAAAGUUAUGUUAAAGCCCGACCUUAUCUUACCUCUGAAUGUGAAAAUGUAGCAUUGGUUCUGGAACGCUUGGCAUUAAGCUGUGUUGAACUUUUAUUGUGUCUGCCUGUUGAGUUAUCAGAUAAACAGUGGGAGCAAUUUCAGACACUGGUGCAGGUAGCUCAUGAAAAGCUGAUGGAGAAUGGCAGCUGUGAAUUGCAUUUUUUAGCUACUCUAGCUCAAGAGACUGGGGUGUGGAAAAACCCGGUACUGUGCACUAUUCUUUCCCAGGAACCAUUGGAUAAGGAUAAAGUGAAUGAAUUUUUAGCUUUUGAGGGUCCCAUCUUGUUGGAUAUGAGAAUUAAACAUCUAAUCAAAACAAAUCAGUUAAGUCAAGCAACUGCUCUAGCAAAGCUGUGUUCUGACCAUCCAGAGAUUGGUACAAAAGGUAGUUUUAAGCAAACUUACCUUGUCUGUCUUUGUACAUCAUCACCAAAUGAAAAGUUAAUUGAAGAGAUUUCAGAAGUUGAUUGCAAAGAUGCUCUAGAGAUGAUCUGUAACUUAGAAUCUGAGGGCGAUGAAAAAAGUGCUCUUGUCUUAUGUACUGCGUUUUUGUCACGUCAACUCCAACAAGGAGAUAUGUACUGCGCUUGGGAACUCACUCUCUUUUGGAGUAAAUUACAGCAAAGAGUAGAACCAUCUAUACAAGUGUAUCUAGAAAGGUGUCGUCAACUUUCUUUGUUAACAAAGACAGUUUAUCACAUUUUCUUCCUGAUUAAAGUUAUUAAUUCAGAGACUGAAGGGGCUGCUGGACUUGCCACCUGUAUAGAACUGUGUGUUAAAGCUCUUCGCUUGGAAUCUACAGAAAAUACUGAAGUGAAAAUAUCUAUUUGCAAGACCAUUUCGUGCUUGUUGCCUGAUGAUCUGGAAGUUAAACGUGCUUGUCAACUGAGUGAAUUUCUUAUUGAACCUACAGUAGAUGCAUAUUAUGCUGUGGAAAUGUUGUAUAAUCAGCCAGACCAGAAAUAUGAUGAAGAAAAUCUUCCAAUACCAAAUUCUUUGCGCUGUGAGCUCUUACUUGUAUUGAAAACUCAGUGGCCCUUUGAUCCAGAAUUCUGGGAUUGGAAAACCUUAAAACGACAAUGUCUUGCAUUAAUGGGGGAAGAAGCAUCCAUAGUGUCUUCAAUAGAUGAACUAAAUGAUAGUGAAGUUUAUGAGAAAGUAUUAGACUACCAGGAAGAGAUUAAAGAAACUUCUGUGAAUGGACUUUCUGGUGGAGUUGGUGCUAAUUCUGGCCUCCUUAAAGACAUUUGUGAUGAAAAGCAAAAGAAGAGAGAAAUAAAACAAUUAAGAGAGAGAGGAUUUAUAUCUGCUAGAUUUAGAAAUUGGCAAGCCUACAUGCAGUAUUGUGUGCUCUGUGACAAAGAAUUCCUUGGUCAUAGAAUAGUACGGCAUGCUCAAAAACAUUACAAAGAUGGAAUUUAUAGUUGCCCCAUAUGUGCAAAGAACUUUAAUUCUAAAGAAACAUUUGUCCCUCAUGUCACAUUGCAUGUUAAACAAUCCAGUAAAGAGAGACUAGCAGCUAUGAAACCUUUAAGAAGAUUGGGAAGGCCUCCUAAGAUUACAACUACCAAUGAGAAUCAGAAGACAAAUGCUGUGGCCAAGCAGGAACAGCGGCCUAUAAAAAAGAACAGUCUCUAUUCAACAGACUUCAUAGUAUUUAAUGACAACGAUGGUUCAGAUGAUGAGAAUGAUGACAAAGAUAAGUCUUAUGAGCCAGAAGUGAUCCCAGUCCAGAAGCCAGUACCUGUUAAUGAAUUUAAUUGCCCUGUAACUUUAUGUAAAAAGGGCUUUAAGUACUUUAAAAAUUUAAUUGCUCAUGUAAAGGGGCAUAAGGAUAAUGAAGAUGCCAAGCGCUUUCUUGAAAUGCAAAGCAAAAAAGUUAUUUGCCAGUACUGUAGACGGCAUUUUGUAAGUGUUACUCAUCUCAAUGAUCACUUACAAAUGCACUGUGGCAGUAAACCGUAUAUAUGUAUACAGAUGAAAUGUAAGGCUGGUUUUAAUAGUUAUGCAGAGCUCUUAACCCACCGAAAGGAACACCAAGUCUUUAGAGCAAAGUGUAUGUUUCCUAAAUGUGGUAGAAUUUUUUCAGAAGCUUAUUUACUAUAUGAUCAUGAAGCACAGCAUUAUAAUACCUAUACUUGUAAGUUCACAGGUUGUGGUAAAGUUUAUCGUUCUCAGAGUGAAUUAGAAAAGCAUCUGGAUGAUCACAGUACUUCUGAGAAAGUGCUACCUCCUGAAGACCAACUUAAUUCAUCUGGAGAUUCUGUUCAGCUUUCCAAAGUGAAUCAGAACUCAGAAGGAAGUUCUGAGAAAGAGAGAUCUACGGUUCUUUCAGAAAAUAACGUUGAAAACACCUUAUCAGCAGAUGGAAGUGAUACUUGGGAUAAAAGCAAGGCCGAAUCAGUUAUGACCAAACAAGAUCAGAUUUCUGUGCCUGAGUUUAGGCAAGCUGAUGGACCUUUGUCAAAUGGUUUGGAAAAUCCUGCCGCUACUCCUUUACUUCAGGCCAGUGAAGUCGCUGUGUCUAUUAAGGUGUCUCUCAAUCAGGGGAUUGAGGAUAACUUUGGAAAGCAAGAAAGCUCAUCUGUGGAAGGCACAGAUGAGUCACUGGUCACAAACUUAAAUACACCAGUUGAAAAUACUUGUAAUAAUUUGUGUCAUUCAGAUUUUCAAGAGAGAAAAGAACAAGAUUGUUUUAAUGAAACACAGAUUACUCAGAAUUCUUUAAUAAAUUCAGAAACCCUCAAAAUAGGUGACCUUACCCCUCAAAACUUACAAAGACAAGUGAACAACCUGAUGACCUUCUCUGUACAAAGUCAAGCAGGAUUUCAAAACAGUUUAUCAACAUCUAAGUUUGAAUGUGGAGGUAAUGCUAAAACAACAUCAAGUAUUUAUAAUUUACCUCUUAAGACUUUGGAAAGUAUUACAUUUGUUCCACCACAACCCAACCUAAGUAGUUCUUUAGUAACUCCAUCAGUGCCUCCAAAAGCACCAUUUCAGAAAUUCAGUUGCCAGGUUGAGGGAUGUACUCGAACCUAUAAUUCUUCACAGAGUAUUGGGAAACACAUGAAGACAGCACAUCCUGACCAAUAUGCUGCAUUUAAAAUGCAACGCAAAAGUAAAAAAGGUCAGAAAUCUAACAACUUAAAUACACCAAAUAAUGGAAAGUUUGUUUAUUUUUUGCCCUCACAGGUGAGCAACUCUAAUAAUGCAUUUUUUACACCACAGACCAAAGCCAAUGGGAAUCCUACGUGUUCAAAUCAGUUGCAGCAUGUCUCACCUUCCACUUUUCCAACUCAUUUAGCAAGUGUGUCAACUCCACUGUUGCCCUCAGUUGAAAGUGUCAUUAAUCCAAAUACACCUUCUCAGGAUAAAAAUGAACAUGGUGGUGGUAUGUUAUGUCCCCAAAUGGAAAAUUUACCUAAUGCUACCUUGCCAGCACAAAUGGAAGAUCUAACCAAAACAGCUUUGCCUUUGAAUAUUGACAGUGGCUCAGAUCCUUUCCUUCCUUUACCUGCAGAAAGUAAUUCAAUGUCUCUCUUCCCUUCGCCAGCAGAUAGUGGGACUAAUUCUGUUUUUUCCCAACUGGAAAAUAAUACAAAUCAUUUUUCCUCACAGAUUGAAGGAAACACUAACUCCUUUCUAAAGGGCGGUAAUGGUGAUAAUGCAGUUUUUCCUUCACAAGUGAAUGUUGCGAGUGACUUCAGUGGCACCAGUGUCCAACAGUCUGCCCCUGAAAAGGUUAAAAAAGAACGUGGACGGGGCCCAAAUGGGAAGGAACGAAAACCCAAGCACAACAAAAGGGCUAAAUGGCCUGCAAUUAUCAGAGAUGGGAAAUUUAUUUGUAGCAGGUGUUACAGGGCUUUUACUAAUCCCAGAUCUUUAGGUGGACAUUUGUCUAAGCGAUCCUAUUGUAAACCACUAGAUGGAGCAGAAAUUGCUCAAGAACUUCUACAAAAUAAUGGACAGCCUUCUCUUCUUGCCAGCAUGAUUCUCUCUGCAAAUGCAGUAAAUUUGCAGCAGCAGCAGCAGCAGUCUAACUUCAAUCCGGAGGCAUGUUUUAAAGAUCCAUCGUUCUUGCAGCUUCUUACUGCUGAAAAUCGCUCAUCAACAUUUUUACCAAAUACAUUCCCUCGGACUGGUGUUACUAACUUUAGUACAAGUGUUAGUCAAGAAGGAAGUGAAAUUAUUAAACAGGCUUUAGAAACUGCUGGCAUUCCCAGUACAUUUGAGGGCCCUGAAAUGCUUUCUCAUGUUCCAACAGGCUGUGUCUCAGAUGCAGCGCAAGUAAAUGCAACAGUGAUGCCAAAUUCAACUGUGCCACCCCUGUUGCAGACUGUAUGCCACCCAAAUCCCCUGCUAACACACCAGAAUAGAACACCAAAUUCCAAAACUUCUUCCGUUGAGGAAUGUAGCAGUUUGCCUGUUUUUCCAACAAAUGACUUACUACUGAAGACUGUUGAAAAUGGUUUAUGUUCUAGUUCAUUCCCUAAUUCUAGUGGACCAUCACAAAACUUCACCAAUAACAGUUCACGUGUUUCAGUUAUCAGUGGACCUCAGAACACAAGGUCUAGUCAUUUAAAUAAAAAGGGAAAUAGUGCUUCUAAAAGAAGAAAGAAAGUUACGCCUCCGCUGAUUGCACCUAAUGCUUCCCAAAACUUGGUAACAACAAGUGAUUUAACAGCGAUGGGACUUAUAACAAAGAGUAUUGAGAUACCGACUACUAACCUUCAUUCAAAUGUAAUUCCAAAUUGUGAACCUCAGGGUUUGGAAAAUUUAACACAGAAAUUAAAUAAUGUUGACAAUCAGUUAUUUAUGACUGAUGUAAAAGAAAACUUUAAAACCAAUCUUGAGUCCCAUACAGUGUUAGCUCCUUUAACAUUAAAAACAGAAAAUGGUGAUUCCCAAAUGAUGGCUUUGAAUUCAUGCACAACUUCAAUAAAUUCUGAUUUGCAGAUAUCUGAAGAUAAUGUUAUGCAAAACUUUGAAAAGACUCUUGAAAUUAUUAAAAGUGCUAUGAAUUCUCAAAUACUUGAGGUAAAAAGUGGAUCUCAGGGUACUGGUGAAACAUCACAGAAUGCGCAAAUAAAUUAUAGCAUUCAGCUCCCUUCAGUAAACACUGUACAGAACAAUAAAUUACCUGAUUCUUCUCAGUUUUCCUCUUUUAUAGGUGUCAUGCCAACAAAAAGUAACAUUCCUCAGUCGGAAGUAUUGCAUAAGGAAGAUCAAAUACAAGAAAUUUUAGAAGGCUUACAGAAAUUAAAAUUAGAAAACGACCUGUCCACUCCAGCAUCCCAAUGUGUACUAAUAAACACAUCAGUGACACUGACUCCUACUCCAGUUAAGUUAAUUCCAAAUGUCACAGUUGUUCAGCCAGUUUCUGAAAUGAUAAACAACAUUCAAUUUAGUGACAAAGUUAAUAAACCCUUUGUAUGUCAAAACCAAGGCUGUAGUUACAGUGCUAUGACAAAGGAUGCAUUGUUUAAGCACUAUGGUAAGAUUCACCAGUACACUCCAGAGAUGAUUCUUGAGAUUAAGAAAAAUCAGUUGAAAUUUGCUCCAUUUAAAUGCGUAGUACCUACAUGUACAAAAACAUUUACAAGAAAUUCUAAUCUCCGGGCACAUUGUCAGUUGGUACAUCAUUUUACAACAGAAGAAAUGGUAAAGUUAAAAAUAAAAAGGCCUUAUGGAAGAAAAUCUCAGAAUGAAAAUUUGUCAGCUCCACGAAUUACACAAGUGAAAAAGCAGCUAGCAACAACAGAGGAAAAUAAGAGGGAAUUCCAGCCUCCUUUGGAACUGGGAACAUUGAAGGAAAAUGCUCUAAAUAAUGUGGCACCAACCCCAGAAAAAGAACUUACAGAAAAAAAAAGUCCUGAAAAAACAGAAAGUUCUUCACAAGUGAUUACAGUUACUUCAGGACAAUUUAAUACAAAUUCCCUAACAAAUAUACAAACCAAAGGAAGGAAAAUUAGAAGACAUAAAAAAGAAAAGGAGGAGAAAAGAGGGAAAAAGCCAGUUUCUCAAUCCCUUGAGUUUCCAACGAGAUACAGUCCCUACAGACCUUAUCGAUGUGUUCAUCAGGGUUGCUUUGCUGCCUUUACAAUACAGCAAAAUUUAAUUCUGCAUUACCAGGCUGUACACAAAUCAGACCUACCUGCCUUUUCUGCAGAGGUUGAAGAGGAGAGUGAAGCUGGUAAAGAAAGUGAGGAAAUUGAAACAAAACAAACUGUGAAAGAAUUUCGAUGUCAGGUGAGUGACUGUUCUCGAAUUUUCCAAGCAAUUACUGGCCUAAUACAACACUACAUGAAACUUCAUGAAAUGACUCCUGAGGAAAUUGAAAGUAUGACUGCUUCUAUAGAUGUUGGGAAAUUUCCAUGUGACCAGUCAGAGUGCAAGUCUUCAUUUACCACAUAUUUAAACUAUGUUGUUCAUCUUGAAGCAGACCAUGGAAUUGGCUUACGGGGAAAUAAAACUGAGGAAGAUGGCAUAUACAAGUGUGACUGUGAAGGUUGUGACCGUAUAUAUGCAACUCGGUCUAAUCUCCUCCGACAUAUUUUUAAUAAACAUAAUGACAAGCAUAAAGCUCAUUUAAUUCGACCAAGAAGGUUAACACCUGGCCAGGAAAAUAUGUCAAGCAAGGCAAACCAAGAAAAGACCAAAUCUAAACAUCGGGGGACAAAACACAGCAGAUCUGGAAAGGAAGGAAUCAAAAUGCCUAAGACCAAAAGAAAGAAAAAAAAUAAUAUAGAAAACAAGAAUGCAAAGAUUGUGCAGAUUGAAGAAAAUAAGCCUUACUCUUUGAAACGUGGAAAGCAUGUAUAUUCUAUAAAGGCUAGAAAUGAUGCCUUAUCUGAGUGUACAAGCAGAUUUGUAACCCAGUAUCCAUGUAUGAUAAAGGGGUGUACAUCAGUUGUUACAAGUGAAAGCAAUAUAAUUAGACAUUAUAAAUGCCAUAAAUUAUCUAAGGCAUUUACUUCACAACACCGCAAUCUUCUUAUUGUCUACAAACGAUGUUGCAACUCACAAGUAAAGGAAAUUUCUGAGCAAGAAGUUGAUAAGAGUGAUGUGAAAGAUUCUGGCACAUGUGUAUCAGAGAGCAGUGAGAACUCAAGAACAACUGACGUUCCACAGAAGGAAGUUGAAAAAAAUGAAAAAGAUGAAAUGGAUGAACUAACAGAAUUAUUUAUUACAAAAUUAAUCAAUGAAGACAACACAAAUGUAGAAACCCAAGUUCAUACCUCUUCAAAUGUAAGUAGUGAUAUUCAGGAAGAUAACCCUUGCCAGUCAGAAAAGCAAAAAGCAAGUAAUUUGAAGAGAGUUAAUAAAGAAAAAAAUGUUUCCCAAAAUAAGAAGAGAAAAGUUGAAAAACCUGAACCAGCAUCAGCAGUUGAGUUAAGCAAUGUGCAUAAAGAAGAAGAAACUGCUGUUGCAAUUCAAACCACUGAAGAGCACCCUGCAUCUUUUGACUGGAGUUCAUUUAAACCAAUGGGAUUUGAAGUAUCAUUUCUGAAGUUUCUUGAGGAGUCUGCAGUAAAGCAGAAAAAAAAUACUGACAAAGAGCAUCCAAAUAGUGGAAAUAAAAAAGGAUCCCAUUCAAAUUCAAGAAAAAAUAUUGACAAAACUGCUGUGACUAGUGGAAAUCAUGUGUGUUCUUGUAAAGAAAAUGAAACCUUUGUACAGUUUGCCAAUCCAUCACAGCUUCAGUGCAGUGAUAAUGUAAAAAUUGUUUUAGACAAGACUCUUAAAGAUUGCACUGAGCUUGUCCUAAAGCAACUUCAGGAAAUGAAACCUACCGUCAGUCUGAAAAAACUUGAAGUACAUUCAAAUGAUGCAGAUGUACCUAUCAUAAAAGAAAUCAGUAUGGGUAAAGCCACAGGGAGAGGACAAUACUGAUAACUAAUGUACUAUAAAUACAUCAUUUACAGUUUUAUUUUAAAUAGGAGCCAUCAAGCAUGCUAGAAUUGUGAAAGUUAUCCAUUAUUUUUUGUUAUUGAUGUGAAUUAACCUGGCCAAAAAAAAGGAAAAAAAAAAAAACCAUGACAUUUGUCAUGUAAAACUUUUUUUUAAUCCCUAUGGGACUUAAACAGAAUCAAUACUUCAGUUAUUGUAAAUAGUUGAGCUAAACUGAAAUUUCUAUGAACCAGUUGCCCUUUCCAUGAAUUAAACAGAAUUAUCUGUGUGAUUGAUACGUUUCACCAGGUCACUGCUCAUGUAUAACAGUACUCAUUGUUUGUAGAUACUUUUUUGUAUAUAUUUAUUAUUGUAAAUCAUUUGCUGCCACCAGCAGUCUGUAAGUCUAAACUAUUAAAUGACACAUUUAUAUUUGGAAUUUUAAUUUUUAACUAAGUGAUCAAGUUUUUAAAACUUCUUUUAUUGUUUUAAAUUAAGAAUUUUUUGAUCUAAAAUAGAAACUGCAUAGUUCACUGAUUUUUACAUAAAACAUUUACAAGAUGAUUUCAAUAUUUUCACAAAGUAGGCACAUUAUAUCAACACUUUGCUCUGCUUUGUAAAUUUUCCAUCCAGGAUUUUUAGGUGGUAUUCAUAGGAAAUUAAAGCAGAUUCUUAAGCAGUUUCCUAUAGCUACAGGUUUUUUUUUCCAAUGCUUCUGAUUGGAUAUAGUUACUCUAAUUCCAUGAAAUAUAAUGGAAAUGUGAACAAAGAAUUUACUACACUGAAGAGUUUAAACAUUUGGUAUAAAAAAAAAUCCUUUGUGAAUGUGAUAGAAACUAGUAGUGUGGAGCAGUGUAAAUAUUUGAGGUGGUGAUUUGUGAAGUAGCCCAGUAUUGCCUUAAAUAAAAUCACAUUUCAUUUCUUGUUUUAUACAUGUGAUCUUAUAAAGGUUUUUUUUUUUUUCUGUUGUUCAUUUUCUGAGAUUUAUAGAUUGGUGUAUAGCUUUAAACUGUAAAAACUUUUGUGGAAAGAUUUUUUUAAACAUUUUUAUAAAUCUUAAAAUUGGUAUCAUCAAAGUGAGCCCAUCUUGUGUUUAUAAAAUGCAAGAGUCCUUAACAUUUAUAAUUACAUAGAUGAAACACUUUCUAUAAGGAAGUUGGAUGUUUUGAUUUUACUGUUUAUAGAUGUUAGAUUGUACAGAUUUGUCUGUAUUUUACCCACCAUAUCUAAUGAUACUUUUUCAUUAGAUUGGUCUUCCAGAGCAGUAUUAGUUGUUAUAAUUACUUCGGUUAUUCAAUACAUAGUUAGCACUUAUAGUUUAGCUUCACCAUAUUUAUACUGUUGAUUCACUGCCUGAGAUAGAGGCUGUUUCAGGAGAGUUUAUGACCUUCAUUUGAAGUUCAACUAAAAUCAGUACUUGGAAGCAAACAAAAUAGUUACUUUUGUUUCUGUUUACCAUAAUAGUAGCACUGAUUUUUGGCUUUGUGUUUGUUAUAAGCCAGUUGCAUUCACAUUAUUAUUAUUAUUAGCCUGAGAUAUCAGUGACAUUGUGAUGAUAUGAAAAUGUAUAUAUUUCCUGUGCAACAUCAGAUUCAUAGGAAAAAUGAAGCACUUAACAUUAAUUGAAAUUGCUGGUACUCUGAAUAAAUAAGCAUGGUCAAGGAGUGAAUUUUCUUUUGGAAAAUAUUUUUAAGUUUUAUUAUUAAAGUAUUAUAGUUUUAUUUUUAGAGCCUAAUAGGUUUCAUUGACUAGUUCGUUUCACUUCAUUAAGGUUUAUUACCAAUAUGCAUAAAACUUGACACAUUAAAGUUCCUACCCCUUGGUAAGCCCACUGUUAUUUAUUAAAAGUUGUUAUGGGUGAUUAAUACAUGUUUUACCCUAAAUUAACAAUAACUUAACUUUGAAUAAUUUUAAUAUUAAAUUUUUGUUAACAACUGAAUGUUUCCGUACAGUUUUCUUAGAAGUUGACCUAGCUCUUGAAUAUAGGCAUUUGGCAAAACUGCUUAUAUUCGGUGCAGUAGAAAAUAGGUUUAUCUCUGAUGAAUGUAGUGAUGGGCCAUUGUUAAGUGAAAAUGUAUUGGAGCUUUUCUUUUGCCAUUUAGCUUUAAGAAAAUUGAAGACUAGAUAUUUCUGUAAUUGUUCUCUCACAUUAUCAGGGGAAAGAGUUUGUAAACACUGAGUUAAAUUUUUAAUAUUCCAGGUACAGUAUACUAAAGGUAAUUAUGAACAAGUGGGCUUUUUAGCAUGAAAUAAAAGAUUCAAAUUAUGGUAUAAAAUAGAUAUGAAUUUAUAGAAUAGCAUGUUGGUAAAGUUUGAUAUGAAAUGUAAUGCCUAAGGAUUAAAAAAGACUAAAAGUGUAUUUUUCCAUGGUAUACUUUUCCUUGCUAUUGUUUUGAGAUGUUUUCUUCCUAUAGCCUAGAUUUGCCUGAGGUUUCAUUAUUAAGAUACAGAUUUUUCUCUUUUCAACCCAGAGAAUUGGAUUCUUACACAUUAGAACAGGUUCAAUACCAUUGUGUUAAGUGAACUGUAACAGUUUGGGAAAUUUCCAGCAAUGUUAAAUUGCUGAAAUUUAGCAUAAGUUACUAUUUUAAAGGGCUAGACAAAGAUAGAUUUUUAACAAGGCAAAUUUUGAUCAGGCAAGCACAGUUGCUAUAGCUGAAAGUACAGAAAUAGUACAUACAACUAGACAAUCAAAGAGGAAAUGUUCUACUUGGGAGCAAGGGAAAGAAGAUGUAGGUAGUUAUGAAAGUGUAAAAAAGGUGAGUCUUGAAAGGUGAAUUUGUAGUCAUUGGAUUGUCAGAAAGGAGAAGGGAGUUCUAGGUCUACGUUCCGAAGCAGCAUAGAGCAUUUGCAGUGUUAUAGCUUGUUCUGUAGGUUGCAAAAGCUGAAGAUCAUCUCGUGAAGGUUCUUGUGUGCCAUAUUUAAUCUUACUUUUUAAAAUUUAAUGUAUUUAAAUUGAGCAAUUUGAUAAUAUACUACUUUUGUAAAGAUAAUUAUCACUGCAGAGAGGAUAGAUUGGGUAAGUUGGUGAUAAAAAUCAAGGAGACCAAAUAAUCCAGACAAAACAUAAUGGAAGCCAGAUGAGAGUGUUAAUAUGAAUUUAAAUGGAGACUAAUGGAUAUGAGAGGUACUGAGAGUAGCAGGAGAGUGUGACCCUAUAAAGACCUAAUUGUAUUGGACUAUCUUAGUGAAUGAGUUUACAUUUAGGUUUUAGAUAAAGGGGUGAGAUUCUUAACCUUGUAAUUUUAAAAGUUCACUCUGGUGAGGGCGCAUCCCGGGGGGCCAGUGGCGGUGGGAAUUCAAUAAAACCAGUUAAGGUUGUCCCAGUUGUUAUCCACAGAAGAGUGGAUACUCAAUUGAUGUACAGCAGUGGUGGGGAAGGGAGUGAAGGGAGUGGACUUGAGAGAGCUGGAAUGUUUGUCAGGACUUAAUCACUAUAGAACAUAGGGAAGGAGGGAAAGGAAAAUCAAAAUAUCUAGGUUUUGAGUAAAUGGUGGAAUAUCAUUUAUUUGGAUAUUUAAGCCUAGAAGAGGAGCAGUUAUGUGGAUGAAUGAUUGCUUAGGGAAAGAGUGUAGAGAAAAGAAUCCAACUCACCUCUGAACAACUCAAUACUUUACAGUAGAUUAAAAGAGAGGAAAAAUUAGGAGACUGGUAGGAUGAAAGCUUUUCAAGGUGUGUGCAGUUUGUCACAUUCUGCUGAGAUAAAGAUUGUAAAGUUUACUUUGGGUUUAGUGACUUUUGCAAUUACAUAGUUUGAAGAGUGUAGGGAACAAGUGUAAAUACCUAGUUUUGGACAGUUUAAUUGUAAAGGAGAGAGAAGAUAGAAUGAUACCUGGAGGGUGUUAUGGAGUCCAGCCAGGUUUGGAAAAUUAUAGAAAAAUUAGCAUAUUCAAGUACUAGUAAGGAGGAUUUGGUAAGGGGGUUAAGAUAAUGAAUAGCUAAUAUUUGUCAUGAUAAUGUAGAAGGAAUAGAGUUGGAGGAAAGUGUUGAAUUUGAGGGUUUUUUUUUUUUAAGAAACUUUAAAGAUUUAUUAAUUUAUGCAAGCACUGGGUACAGUCAGAAGCGCAGGAGGGCGAGAGAAUUCACCAGAGCCAGAGCGGGGAACAGAACAGACAGACUGACAAAAGGACACUGCUGAGGGGAGCAGCGGGCGGCAGGAGUGGUCUGCGUGCCAUGUGGGACCCUCACCCUGGGGCUGAGGAUCGAACCAGCGCUGCAGAGGCUGCGGGCAGCUUCGCAACCCACUGCUCAACCCCUGCACCACCCGGGAGGCCCACAUUUGAGAGUCUUGAUUAGAUUAUCAAGGCAGAGAAGUAAUCAGUUCUUUCUAAGGAUGUGGAACUGUAGUUCUGUACUUAAAAUCCAUUGAAGAUAAGCGUUCUAUCUUUUUCUGUACCCUGAGCAUUUGGCCCAGAAUCUGAGAUAGAGUUUGCACCUAAUUCUGCUAGAUUGAAAGAUGCAACCAGGGAAAAAGAUCACCAAGGAGUGAACUAUGAAGAAUGCCAACACUUAGUGACUUUAUUUGAAGACUUUUAAAAUAAGUUUUUGUGGAUUCUGUGGAGGUGUAGAGUUAGAAGAGAGAAGUUGAAGAACAGUGUGGACAGAACCAGAUCCCAAUAACAGAUUAUUACAAAAUUGGACACCUCUCAGUCAAGAAAUGUUGAGCUCCUUGUCAUGAGAUGGCAAAUAACGUUCUGUUCAACAGCAAGACUUAGAACACUAGAAAAUUUGAGAUGAUGAAUAGGAGGAGCUAAAUUGGAGAUGUAAGAGAAACAUACAUUCAAGGUUCUGCUGAGUUAGAGCAUAAUAUUUUUUUAAAUGAUUUACUUAUUUAUGCAUAGAAGAACUGGGGUAUAGGCCAGAGGUGCAGGAGGUGAGAGGAUUCACUAGGGACAGAAUGGGGAACAGAACAGGCAGAUCUACUGAAAUACACUGGUGAAAGGAGCAGCAAGUGAGACAGGAGAGCUCUGCUGUGCUAUAUGUGGGUUAGCUCCCUGACAAGGGAUCAAACUCAGGCCUUAGUGAUGAUAGUGCUGAGACUUAACCCCUGUGCCACCAGGGAGGCCCCACUGAGCAUAAUCUUAUGCUCUAUAGUUCUAGUUGAUUCUUUUCAGUAAUAGUCCUCAGUUUGAGUGGAGGAGGAAGAGGGAAAUGUUUAGUCUUUGUAGAAAUAGUGCAACAAUGAAUUGAACCUGGCUAGGUUAGGAAACCUAAAGACAGAAGGAAGUGGCCCCGGAACUGGCAGUCUUAUAACCUCAGGGUAUAAUGAGAAUAGGACCAAGAAUUAGGUAUGGAAAUUUAAGAUUUUAGGAGUAAUGCAGUUUGCAGUGUCUGAAAAGGUAGGUUGAAGAUUGUGGUAGAUUACUAAAUUAGACUGUAAAUGAAAUUUACUGGGGAUGAGAAAUUUAAAGAAUUUUGGUCUGAUUUUUUGAAUGGGUUGUACCCAUUGUAGAACUGGUGUAAGAAGACUGUGUCAGGUGUUGAAGUCUCAAGAAGUUUGGCAGGGAGAGUGCUUCUAUCCUAUGGUAUAUGUAAGGAGUUUGGAAAAUUUGCUGCUUCAACCAAAAUGCUUGGGAGAUUCAAGUUUAGUUAUAUAAAGUUGCAGAAUAUAAAUCUGAAGCAGUAAAGAAUGAAAGUUCUAGAGGAAACCUUUUUAAUAAACAGGAUCGUAGUGCUUAAAGCGGAGAAAGAGUAAUUAGUAUGAAAAUACAGACAGUACAAGAGUGGCUUUUUAGUAGCCAAGAAAGAUAAAAUCUUUACAUACUUUAAGAUCAGGACUAAGGUCCUUUUAAAGUUAUAUUUAUUGAGAUAAUGUUGAUUUGCAACACAGUAUAUGUCUUAGGGGUGUAGGUUUAUACCUCUAUAAUUGUCUUACUUCACUAGGCUCACCACUAGAGUCCCAGCAGUGCUCCAUUGGGCCCCCUCUACACUUUGCUUCCUCCUAACUGCACUCACCUUCUGGCAGCCUUAGUCAUAGUCCAAUGUGUUCUUUCCCCUCUUGUUUUCUUCCCUCCACCCUCUCUUGCCCUCCCCCACCCCCGCUGGAUGCCUCAGAUCUUUGGUCAACAUUCAAGGUUUGUCUUUGAUUUUCUGUUUAGUUUCUCUAAAGGAGGCCGCUAAGUAUAAAUUUCCCCAGCCAAGGUCCCAAGUAUCUGAUCUGCUAAUGAUGAUAACAGUUAAUAUGUUUGGCAACUACUAUGUGCUAGGCACUCUGCUGAGAACUUUCCCUGUAUUUCCAUUUAUUCUUAUACCAACUCUUAAGAGUGAGGUGCUCAUAUCCCCAUUUUAAGAUGAGAAAAUUGAAUAAAGUCUGGAAAGGCAAGGUCUGUAAGGGUCACAUGGUUAGUAUAAGGGAGAGCUGAGAGUUUAACCCAGUAAACUGACUCCAGAGCUAUAUGUGCUUUCAUCUGGAGAUAUACACAACUGAAUGAGAUAAUAGGUUGGUCAGUGUUUUUAACUAGAGUCAUGCUGUAAAAAACUGUCUUGAUAGCAGAAGGGAAUUCUCAGGUGAUUAGGAAACAAGAAUUGAUUUGUAGAUGAUACUGUUUUUUUUUUAACCCAGUUAAUUUUUUUUUUUUUUUAUGUUUAUGGCUUAGUACUGAUUCCCAGGGAAGGGGGAGAGGAUGAACUUCUUGAGCUAUUAAAGAAAUGACUGUUGGUGAAGGUAGAGUACACAGAGGAAAGAGAAUCACCAGAGACCUUUGCUGCAGUCAUAUAAUCUUAAACCAAAGAAGUUAAGAGUAAAAGAAUAUUACAAUUGUAAUGGAGUUAGGUUGUAGUGGAGUUAAAAAGAUUCUGUCAGCUUUCAGUCUACUCAGUGUAUAUUGGGAGCACUAUAUUUAGAACUUGUAGCCAGAAGUUUGGUUGCUGCUCUCUUAGCAACCAGGUUCUUAUGCUCUCCAUAGGGCACAGCAAAAGGACGUGCACUGUGCAAGCUACAUUUACACAUGUUUAAUGCAGCCAUUCCUAGAUCCAUUAAAUACUCAUAUCACCCAGGGUCUAUUGAAGAAGAGGAAUUGGGAUCAGGGUGAUAAUAGCUCUCAUAUGCUAAGGUCCCCUAUAGCAAUGAGAUUAAAUUUUGGAGAAGUCACUGGGAUUUUGAAGACGGUUGAUUUCAAACUCCUCAGAAGCAGAUCACAUCAGAAAGUCUUCAUUGGAAAUGUACCUAUGAGUCAUCCUCACAAGGGAGUGUCCCUCUUCUUGCCAGGCCAAAGUAACCCCUUUUAUAUGGGGGUUUCAAAAUGUUAACACUUAGAUACUUAAGACUGAGAAGGGGGGAGUGAUAUACCAAAAAAGGCAAUCUUAAACAGUUUUACUACACUUUGCAAUAAUAGAAUCCACAUAUUCAAAGAAGUCAUUCUGGUAAAUUUUGUAUGCUACCACCAAAUAGUAGCUGGUAAACUCAUUACUUAUUUGAGAAUAAUGAAAAACAUCUUCAAUGUAUUUAUUAAACCUACCUAGAGCUACUUAAAACCACCUCAGCUGGAGCAUUACAAAGUUUUCUCUCAAGUGUAUUUUCCCUAAAGGGAUAUUUUCUAAUCCCAUGAUAGCUGGGCAUUGUUCUAACCUUAUUUAUGCAAUUUAAAUCUGGAAAAUUAGCUACCCUACUUUAUAGAUGAAGACAGUGACAGAUGGGGAAAUUUAAUAACUUACAACAGUAGUUAUAAGCUCUGACCCCUGGCUCAGAAUGCUUUCCCUGCUGUCUUGCUGGCUGAAGUUGUUGCCAUUUCAAAGUGAAGGAUAAAAGAGUGUAGCAGGAUUAUAUAGGGAAAGUUUUCAUUGCAACUGUACAAAACUGAUAUAUUUAGCACAUAAGGCAAAAUUGUAAGUUGUUAUAUGGCAAAUGUCAAUGUCUUAGAUUUUUUAAAUUUUUAAGUUUUGGAGGAAAAAAGGUCUGCACAUUACCAGUGCAAAAUGAGAAACUGAAGCAAUUCUAGUUUCUUCUAACAAAAUCUUUAUCCCACUCCAGCUCCCUAGUCAAAGUAGAUGAGCCACAAAUAUGAAUGCCAGCAGCUGCCCUGCCGGAAUUGAAAAGACCGGAAACAUCCAGAAUGUUCUGUUACAAAGGUGUGGACCUUUCAAACACAAAAUAGUGGUUGGAUGUAGAUAAUCAUUAAACUUUAGUUAUAUAUUGGUCUCCCUCCCACCUCCUUCCUUCCAUUACUAUUUUCCCUCCUUCUCGUUCCUCCUCCUCCUCUUCCCCCCACAUCCCAAUAUUCCUGACAGAAAAUCUGAGUUUUGGAACCAAACAUGCCUAUUACCUGGCUACAUUACUUUGUUUGCCUUUUCACUGACCAGGCUAUCAUGUGUAGGCAAUUAUCCUCAGAAGUACAGAAUUGAGGGGAAGGGCAGACCGAGCCCUCCAGUCUUUGAUACAUUGGAUUGGGCUCUCAGUAGAGUAGCAAUCACAAAGAUCCUGAAAGAAAGACUUGGGAAUCUCAAGACUGAAGUCUGGCUCUAUCUAGUAAGAAAAAUAGGCAGCAUUUAAUAAAACAAUCAUACCAUCAGUGCUCUGAGCUCUUUAGCUAUCAACACAUUUAAUCACAGUUGUAGAAAGGAAGCUGGCAUUGGCAGAUACUGUCAAAGUCACUUUACUUGUGCCAUCACCUUAUCAGUUCAAGAAACCUAUGAGUUGUUAGAUAAACAAUCCUAGAAUACUGCUUGAAGGAAAAUUUUUACAGUAGUCACACUAUUGUAUACAUGUGCACACAGAGAGAGCAGAUGCAGAUUUUAUACUGACAAUGGGAAGAAUGUCACCAUUUGGAUUUGGUAAAGUCUACAUAUAAAUCCUAUUAUUACUUCCCCAUCUCUCUAGUAGAGGCCAUAUUCAUAUUGGUUUCACCAGAAUAGUUACAUACAUUUCUCUUUAGCAAACAUACAUGAAUAUACUACUCAAAUAUUCAGAUGUUUUUUGACUAUUUGUCUCUCAGAGCAUAUAUUUGAAUUAGGUGAUUUGCUUCACUUUAGCUGCCAGCAUUUGUGCCUCUGACCUAAGGAGAAGUUGGUGUGGGAGUAAAAUUGGCAGUG